AUGGUUCGUCUAUUCUCUGUUUCUUUGCUUGCCAUGUUGGCGGGUUUUUCUUCCGCAAAUUCUCUUCCCGCACAAGAAGUUAUGAAUCAGCCGGUGCACACAAUGGAGGGUUGGUCAUGGUCCGAUUGUGGCUCCCCAACAGACGUUAUUCAGUUGAAAUCAAUAAGCCUCUCUCCCGACCCACCCAAGCCGGGCCAAGACCUGACUGUCACGGUUGUUGGGACUGCUCAUGAACGAGUUGAGGUUGGAGCCUAUGCCGACGUUGUCGUAAAACUUGGACUCAUCAGACUUCUCUCGAAGAGGUUUGAUGUUUGUGAAGAAGCACGCAACGCAAACGCAACCAUCCAGUGUCCAGUCGAGCAGGGUGAUUAUACUGUGGUCGAAACGGUUGCAUUACCGAAGGAGAUCCCUCAGGCCAAAUUCACCGUCGCUGUGACAGGUCACACUGUGGACGAGGAGGAUUUACUGUGCUUGGAUCUCAGAAUUGAUUUCAUGAAGAGCCCGUUCCCAAGAUUUGGGUGGUAA